CUAAGCGCGUCGUACAACCACACCUUUGAUGGCUUCUUUCUGUCCCAAACCAGGUUUUCUGUGCAUUUACUUCCUAUGAGCUAGAUGUUCGUUGUGAAGCUGGACUAACUAAGCAAUGUGUUAUCGUUUAUGCGUGUUGGUGUGUGUGAAUGCAAAUAUCCUAGAAUCAUGUCUGCUGAUGAACUAGGAUCUCGCUCCCCUAUCGAAUCAAAAGAUGUUUCAUCAGAUAUGAUGGUUAUUCAAUCCAACGCUGCAGCCGCAAGUGAGGAGCCAGCUGGCCAAGCAAGUUAUGCUGACGACAGUCCUUGUACAUCGCGACUGGAGGCAUCCGUGGAAGACCAUUCUUCAGUUGAAAGCCCAUCGAAUCUGAAACCCAAAGAAGACCGGUGUUCUGAAAAGGGAGUUGGCGUAGAUAUCUCUGGUGAUGAAAUCUCACGCGCACUACUGCAACGAAAACAGCCUCUUAUGGAGCUUGUUAGCUCCGAAGAAGGUUAUGUUCGACGUUUAAAGCUAGUGAAAGAUUUCUAUAUACCUGCCGUUUCUGCCUCCAGUACGGCUCCUCCGAGCGUUGACAAUGCUAAUCCCUCAGGAAUAGUGGGUUCCAUACCUCACGGUGAUUUCCAGAGCCCACCGCCCGUUGCUCCGGAGGAUCUAGCCGCAAGAUGGAGGAUUGUCUGGGGAAACUGGAUUCAACUGUAUGAAUGGCAUUCAGCAUUCCUCGAGAAACUUCUCAGUCUCGUAGAAAGUGAUCCAGAUCGUAUACCGAAACUCUUCAUUGACUCACGUGCUCGUCUAAGAUCCAUAUAUUCAAAGUACUGUGAAAACCACCGUAAGGCAGCUCUGAUAGCGGAGCAGUAUCGAGAUUUUUUUGAGGAACUACGCAUUUAUGUCGGUGAUAAAGAGGAUGUUGUUUCUCACCUCAUGCAACCCGUGCAACGUAUAAUGCGCUACCAACUUCCUAUUGCCGAAAUUUUGAAGUACACUCAGCGUGCGUGUUCACCUGAUCUUCUGCAGUGGAAAAAGACCUUGGAGAUUAUGAAGGAAAUCCCAAAGGAUACUCAGCUGAUUUUGGAGGUAAACUAG